UCAUUGCCCCACGUAAUAGAUGCUCAGGUGGAAGUGCUGCCCUGCAGUCACUGAAGAGCUUCUGCCUUCUCACACUAGGCCUGCUGCCUUGGCUUGAGGUCUCUGAUACUUAGCCUUCCUUUUUGUUAAUUUUUCCAUUUCUCUCUCAGACUCAGGUUACUUGUAAUUACGUGCUUCGUUUUUUUCCUGCUUCCUUUUAUAGAGCUCUACUCACAGGAGUAAAUCAAAGCAGACAGUUGUACAUCAGGUCCUGCAGUGGGCAAAUGUAUGAAAGUCCAUCUGUCUGUCUAUGUGUGCCCACUCUUCCUUGAGACAUGUCCAGUGUUUCCAGUUACGCCCUCCGAAUGGCCCGGCUGAGUGCUCAGAUAUUCGGAGAUGUUGUCAGGCCAACUGACUCAAAAUCUAUGAAGGUGGUGAAGUUGUUCAGUGAGCAGCCCUUGGCCAAGAGGAAGGAGGUGCACAGCUGGUACCCUCCUCACAACACCUACUACGCCCUCAUGAAGAAACUCCGUUACUUUGGUCUCUACAGGGAUGAGCAUCAAGACUUUAAGGAGGAGAUGAGGCGACUGAAAAAGCUCCGUGGGAAGGAAAAACCAAAGAAGGGGGAAGGAAAGAGAGCUCUCAAAAAGAAAUAGUUCUAUUUGAACAAUAUAAUUAUCUACUCUGGAAAUGCUGGAGAACAGCUGGAGAGGGUUUGGCAUGUGAGCUGCGUGUGGGGCACAAGAAACACACUGUGAAAUAGUGGACUCCACCCUGGAAAUGCAGUUGGGUCUCUGAAGUUUUAUUGGGUUUGAGUUUCUGUGCUUUAAAUAUACUGUAUAUUGUAGCACAUUAUUUUGUCAGAGCCCUCUCUUACCCAAGUAAUAAAAACAGUAAUAAAAAAAAAAAAGUACUCAGUGUUUUUCUUGACACC